UUAGGCUUCCCAAGGCAACCUGCGUGGAGGGCUCCUUUCCUUGCCUUGUCAUAACUUCACAUCUAGCCAGGCGUCUGCAGUCACCAGUCCUUGCAGGUAAGAGGCACAGGCUUAAGUCAAUACUGGAGUAUGCUGCAUGCUGGAGGGACUUCUGAAAAACUUCCCUUUGAAAGUACGGAGGAGGUAAUAUUCAAUCUGCCCUUUGAAGAACAGGUGGAAUUUGACGGAGAAGGAAAGAGCAGGACAAGCACCCUUAGGAAGGAGCAUCUGCUUGUCAUGGAGCCAUGAACACUCUGAGCAGUCAGGAAAAGGCAAUAGCAGAGUCCCAUGGUAGCCAGGUGGGCGAAGGGGAGCGAGGACAGUCUACCUGCUUUGAAGAAGACGCCAUCUGACCUGCGGAGUGAGUGACCAGGUGGUCCCAAAGCCCGACAAUGGACCCGAUUCACAUGGCCAGUGCUCCCCUGGUGAAGCACACUGCUGGAGCUGGCCUCAAGACCAGCAGACCCCGAGUCAUGUCCAAGAGCGGACACAGCAACGUGAGAAUCGACAAAGUGGAUGGCAUAUACUUGCUCUACCUCCAAGACUUGUGGACCACCGUCAUUGACAUGAAGUGGAGAUACAAGCUCACGCUGUUUGCUGCCACGUUCGUGAUGACCUGGUUCCUUUUUGGAGUGAUCUACUAUGCCAUCGCCUUCAUUCACGGGGACUUAGAACCCAGUGAGCACCUUUCAAAUCACACCCCCUGCAUCAUGAAAGUGGACUCCCUCACGGGGGCGUUUCUCUUUUCCCUGGAAUCCCAGACAACCAUCGGCUACGGAGUCCGUUCCAUCACGGAGGCAUGCCCUCAUGCCAUCUUCCUCCUGGUGGCUCAGCUGGUCAUCACCACCUUGAUUGAGAUCUUCAUCACGGGCACCUUCUUGGCCAAAAUCGCCAGACCCAAGAAGCGGGCGGAGACCAUCAAGUUCAGCCACUGCGCUGUCGUCACCAAGCAGAACGGGAAGCUGUGCCUGGUGAUCCAGGUGGCCAACAUGAGGAAGAGCCUCCUGAUUCAGUGCCAGCUCUCGGGAAAGCUCCUCCAGACCCACGUCACCAAGGAGGGGGAGCAAAUCCUCCUCAACCAGGCCACCGUCAAAUUCCACGUGGACUCCUCUUCCGAGAGCCCCUUCCUCAUCUUGCCCAUGACGUUCUACCACGUGCUGGACGAGACGAGCCCCCUGAGAGAUCUCACCCCCCAAAACCUUAAGGAGAAGGAGUUUGAGCUGGUGGUCCUCCUCAAUGCCACGGUGGAGUCCACCAGUGCAGUCUGCCAGAGCCGCACGUCUUACAUCCCAGAGGAGAUCUACUGGGGUUUUGAGUUUGUGCCUGUGGUUUCCCUCUCAAAGACCGGCAAGUACGUGGCGGAUUUCAGUCAGUUCGAACAGAUCCGGAAGAGCCCAGAUGGCACCUUUUACUGUGCGGAUUCUGAGAAGCAGAAACUUGAGGAGAAGUACAGACAGGAGGAUCAGAGGGAAAGAGAGCUGAGAACACUUUUGUUGCAACAGAGCAACGUCUGAUGGCAGUGGUGUCGCCUCAGCUUAAGUCCGAGCUGCUUCUGCAUCGGAACUCCCUUCAAACGCAGAGAUCACCGGGGAAGCGAAAACGUGUGGAUGCACUCUGAGAACCUGCACAGAUGUACAGACCAACAGGUCUUUGAUCUGGUGGCUAAACAAGCAUUUCCACGUCUGGGAGGACUCCUUUUUUAAAUGCUGUGUUGGAAGCGAAUUCCCCAAAUUCAAAUUCUGUAAAAGGGGGCUGCAUUUCAAAGACCUUGGUGGAGGGCGAUUGAAACAAUCUGGAUGGACAGACAUUUCGCAAUGCUGAUAUUGAAAGGAAAUGCCUUUCCAUACAAGGAUGCCAUCUGUAAUAUAAGGUGUUUAUUCAAUCCAAAUAUCAAAGACAUGAUGGCCAAGAGCUGAAACAUGGUUCAGUAUCCACUUAUGUCGUGGCUCUAAAACACACUCAUGUUUUCAAGCAAAGAAAAUGGUAUUUAUAAUGGAGGCUAUCUGAUAAUAUAAAGGGGCAAGGGGACUCUAUACUCACAAAAUAUAAUAAUUCCACCUUAACCUUUCUCAGUGAAUGUAAUUGUACAGAGUGAAAUUGAUCAAAUCAGGAAGUAAUCGUUGUGAAAACAUAUACAAAUGGAGCUGAUGUGACUGUUCACAUUCAUUUUGUUGUUGUUGUUGGAAUGUACUAACCCCUUUCUAUUCAAAAUGGGUUCACAGACCAGCAGCAUCGGCAUGAUGCAGGAGUUUAUUAGUCAUCUAGCCCCACCUGGACUUGAGAAUCAGAGGCUGUAUCUUAACAGGACCCCCAAGGAUUCAUAUAAAAAGGAAAGUCUGAAAACCUUCACUGCGGACAAUGUUUUCAAAGUAACUUUCCGAAGCCCAGGGACUCUGCGGGUCCCAUGUCCCCACUUCUUUGUUAUGGGCUAAUAUUCCUUUCAGUGAUUUCAUUCCUUAUUAAGAUACCUUGUCCACACAGGAACGGCCACAGACAUUUCAAGAACAGAAUAACACUAUUGAGAGUACUGGUUGUCUCUCUCAAGCUAAGUGAACACAAAAGAAAUAUUCAGCUCCGUAACAAUGUAACAAUUGGAAAUUUGCUCCUGUAUUGAAGUCCCUGAGGUUGGACAGGGCCCUGAGGAACAAGAGGAGCCCAGGAUAAGGAAUUCAAAGGCAGAUGAUUCCUUGAAGCAAGAAUGAAAUUUGAUACUCUGAUAACACACAACAGUAUUGAAAUAAAUCUCAUACAACUCAGUGUUAUAGAGGUAACCUAUGGAUUUCAAAAGAAUUUAGAGCGCUUCUUUGGGGCAGCGACUAAAUAGGCUAGGAUUGGCUAUAUGUGCAAAAGGUGAAUUCUCAGCUCAUUCAAACCAGGACAGAUUCGUACAUUCACUCAAGAAGAAUGUGACUUUGAGUGUGUAGGCACGGCAUGGACGUACACGUGAGCCCACAUGUAUGUAUACACUGACACACACACACACUCACACAGAGGCAUGCUCGUCCUGGCUCUUCCAUCGUAAUCGUACAAGUUAUCCAUGAAGACAUUUGUGAUUAAGAGAGCAAGUCCUGGACAAAGGUGCUCACAUAUAUUUUGUUCUGUAAGUGUGGGAACACCGGGACUUGCAGCAAACGGGGCAAGUAAUCUGGAUUCAUAUCACGAUGUCACCACAUGUCAAGUCUCCUUCCAUUAAACAGAAAAUGUGGUUAAAACCUCUGACCCAGGACUGAACCUUUAAUGCAGGUGUAAAAAUAAUGGGGUCGAAGUUGUAAAAGUUUAAAAUACAAUCUCAGUGCACAAGAGGUUAUUGUCUUCAAUUAUUCAGGAAGUUUUUUUUUUUUCUUUUCCUGUUGAUCAUUUUACGGCAAGUUGUUUUAGAUCUUCAUUCUCUUAAAAGAAAAUCACGCUAAUGUAGUUAGAUAUUAGCCAUUUUAGUUAUUAAACCUUUUUUAUUGUAUAUUGUGGUAAAAAUCAACAGGAAAAUGAUGCCUUGGCAUGUUUACAGCUUUUCUGUUGCACUAAGUUUUUUCACAGUAUUUAUGUCAGUGCUAAUUUGAAUGUGAUCAAAAUUAGGAAUCUUGCAUACUUGUAUAUGGUACAAUGAUGAUGUAGCAUAAGAUUGAGAAAUCUUACUGUGUGUUCAUUUCACAUACCUAUUUCAGCCAAAUUUGGAAGACUCAAUCAUCUAAUCUAUUGCACUACACACAAAAUAAAUAUGUAGUGUCUUAAACUCCAAUACUUGUACAAGUCAAUAAAUCAUAUUAUAACAAAAUAUUCAAUGAGUAGCUCUAAAGUUGUGUCUGGUUUGAAACUUAGCAUUUUCUGGGCACAUUUAACUUAUUAUUACUUUGUACAAAAUCCUGUUGUGUUAAGAUGCUAACAAAAAGAUUCAGGCAAAAUUAUUUGAUUCUAUCUGGACAUGAAGAUGACUGAAACAGAUUCAUACUCAACACCCAGCUAACAACUGUCAAACUAACAGAGUAUUUUCACCCAAAAAGGUUUUUUUGCAUUUUGAAAACAUUUCCAAUGCAUCAGGCCUUCUCCGUGCGACUGUUCAAAAAUGUCGUGUUCCAUUUGAGAAACCAUCAUGUAAAGAGCAGCAAAUCAGUGUAAUCUGCAAGCCAUGUCUUAUUCAAGUAAUAAAAUACCUUGUACUGACAGGGUGCCCGGCAGCCAAUGGCCCCAGGCAGCGUAGCAGACAGAGAUUCACACAUGGAUCCUCACGACAAGGCAUCUUUGGUUCUCGUUCCCACUUAUCAGGAAAUUACAACCCAGAGAUAAGAGUCCAGAACCCUAAGAUAACGGGUUAAAAGUAAAACAUGAAUGGACCAGAUAUUUAGAUGCAUUUCAACAACUAUUUUGUCUGAUUUUCUUUGAAUUUUCAAUUUUAAUUGAUUGAUUUCAAUCCCAUUGAAAUGUAAAUUAAUACAGGAAACAAAAGGGACACUGCUCCUUCAGUAUGAUUCUUUCUCCCUAGCUUGGAUCCUCAGUACUCAGACAUCAUCUGGAGAAAGAAGAAAAGAGAAAAGCAAAGCAGGGAAGACAUGAGGCCUUCGUACUGGUAGCUCAGUAAAGGACCACCCUCAUCCUCGGGCUUAGUUCUGUAUUUGGUCUCUGUGGUCAUAGGGUCAGACAUCCAACCAUGUGGCAUAACAAAGCCUUCCAGGCUCUCAGUCUUGGCUUUCAUUCUUGUUAGACUUUUACUGUUAAAUAUUAGAAAUAACUAGUUUUGAAUGCAGGUUAUUUUAUCAUAGCUUUCUGGGAUGGGAUUUUUUUUCAAAUGAAGAGUGUUAACAUCUCAAGUCUUGAUUUCCAAGUUCUGUGGUAUACACUCAAAUUCCAGCAUUGGACUCUGCAUAGGUCCAAGGUGCACUUAAUUUUCCUCCCCUGGAAAGUCUUACCCUUGAAGGUCUAAAGCUUAACAUUUCACUUCUAACUGGCUAACUACAUAUGUUUUGCCUUUUGUGAUUUUCAGUUUAUCUUUCAUCAGAAUGACCUGCCAACAGUCCUUGGGUCUCUGGGCAGAAAUGAGCAGUUUCUCCUCUCAGAGUGAGGUAUCUUAGGAGCAGAGUUUAAGUCUCCAGAGUAAGAAUUGGCAAAUGAAAUGGUAUCAUUAGAAUUUAAUUGGAAAUUUAAAGAAUAAAGGAGUUACUUAACUUCUUGAGGCGUCACUAUUUGUCAGUAGACUUUGUUUUUAUUGUCAUUGUGUUGUUUUGACUUUUUUUAAGAAAUCUGAAACAAAGUCUUUGUUUUCAGAGUAAGGAGGGCAGUGAGAGAUGUGUAAAAAAUAAAAGCUAAUUGUUGAUCAAUUAGACUUCCACAUAAAAAGACUUCUAUCAGUGGAAAAGAAAUUCUUUGCCAGAGAAGCAGUGGUCAUUCAGUCUCACAUCACAACAGAUUGUGUCAUCAUACCCUUCUGGCUUCCCAGGGGUAGCAAUUUUCCUAGACUUUAAAAAACAUUGAUGGAUUAAGCCCAACUUUUUCGCAAAGUUUUUCCACUAGACGUUUAAUGGAAAGGAAACGGGAUGCAGAAAUAAAUCUCCAGCCAUUUCACUUCAUCUUCAUCCUCUGUCAGUUCUCCUGUUAGACUCAAUUUCUUUGCAACUUGACAGGUGCUUGGUUAAUGAUUCUUCAUCUUUGCCAUCCAUUCUAGCAGGUCAAAUAAUCCUGUGGGUUAAAAAUAAUCAAUCGAAUUAGUAAGUUGUAGACAUUUAGAUGCCUAAAAACUGGGAAUAGGAACUUUUAUCUUUCAAUUAGUAUGUUGCUAGUGUGUAAAAAUAGAAGACUGAGAAAAAGCUGUUGAUUGGAGUGGAUAGUUAAUUCCUAAUAAAAUUAUAAGAAUUGAUUAUGGAAGUCGAAGGACAUAACUGGCCCAUGAGUAUAAACACCAAAGAUGUCAUAUAUGUAGAUAAAGGACAUGUAACUAGUAACAGUAAAUUUCAGCCAAACACAGGAGCCUUUGGUACAUUCUGUGCACGUUCUUUGUGCCUGUCUAUCAGGGAAAGGCCAGGAACAAGGGGCUAUAAAUCUUCCUACACGUGACGUACAGGAGUCCUGACUCCCAACCUCUGUUGAAGAAUCAGGCUGACGGCUUUGUAUUCCUAACCAGCACCGCAUGGGCAAAACCAAAGAUGAAGCCAUCAACCUAAAAGCCCAUCACCAAGUUUUUGGUUUAGCAGCUCUGGCCUUAUGAGGUACUGUGAUCUUACCUUUACUCCAGGCCAAAUGUUAUCUAGUGUCCCUGCCUUCCCAACAACUUAAGGUAUCCAACUUCACCCCUCAAAAAUAUUCAUAUUAAAGGUAGAACCUACUCGAAAUUAGACUCCAAGGGAGCUACUACAAUUGAUUACAUAGUACCCAUUCUCUUAAAAAAAUCAUAAGUUGUUGAUUCUGAGCUAAGAAAUAUGACCUCUUAGCUUGUUAGUCCUAUGAUUGUUAUUAUUGCAAAUGUCCUAAUAUUGCUGAGAAAGUAAAGAGCUUCCAAGAACAUGAUUGGAGGGGAGUUCAAAAGAAUGGUUUUUCUCAUUUACUAUAAUGUAACCAUAUUCUUUCAUCUACAAUCAAAUCUUAAGACUAAGGAUGUUGUAUUAAACCAAAUCAUUACAGGAAGUAUGACUGUAUCAGGGACUUUUUACAAAAACAAACUUCCAGAUCACAAGAGGAAGCUGUGUUUGUGUGCCGACACAAAGUAUUCAACGGCAGUCAGGAGAGAAAGGCAGGAUGACAGCCAACUUGGAUCUAUUUUUGAAGAAUUAUUUCUGUAGAGUGUCAUGGAAUUGUAAGUUACAAAAAAGAAUGCUUUGGUAAACAGUCAUCUCCAUUCCAGAAGGAUCCGCUCCAAAAUACCACUUAAUGAAAUUCACGGGAAUGUUAUGAAGAUGGAAAUCCCAAAUGACAUGCGGAUUUUACAAGCAAACAGUCCUACUUUUUGUAAAUUCUGGCAGUGUGCAUUUACCAAAAUUUUCGUCACGCCUCGCUCUCUUGCUAUAUACAGCACUCCAUCUGAUCGCUACACCAUGUCACAGGAUGCAUGUCCUUGCUUUCCUCGGAUUUUUAAACUAGUCUUAGGCUUAAAUUUGCCCUAGCAUAAUAGUGACUCCUGUUUCUCAAGGCUGAGCUACUACUGGGUGCAUGUUAGAAAUCUCAAACUAAUUGAUGUGUGCGUACUUGGUCACUACUGAACCCAAUCAUGUUAUGACCAAUCCACUUUAAAUAGGUCCUUUUAUGUUCUAUGAAAUCAUCCCUCUAUUUGUCAAAUCAUUUCUUGUUUUCAUAUGUAUCUGCAUCACCUUUCUUUUUUAUGUAUAUGGAAUCACCCUCAUCUGUGAAACAAUAGCAAAUACAAUAAAGCUAAUUUUACAGUCGA